UUCGAGUGCGCAGCACGGCGAAGUGAGAGAGAAGAAGCAUCUCUCUUUCUCUCUCUGUCUCUCCUAUUCUCUGAAAAUGUUUUCGAUAAAUUGUUUUCUUAUCAAGAAUGUAAGUGUCAUCUACAUGUGUGAGUGAAAAUAUUUUAAUAUUAUGUCAUAUACGCAUUUAUAAAUUAGAGGAAAAAUCAUGCACGACUGAGCAGGUAAAAUUUGACGAAUCGCGAGUUUCCUUUCUACGUUGUCUCUUUGAUCUAUGGCGAAUCGUAACGAGAAGCAAAUCUCCCCAUUCUUUUUUCCCCCCCGGAUCAAACGCUUCAAGAUCGCGUUACGACCAGUAUCAAAUGUUAUAUUACGGACGAGCGAUUUGACAAAACAUUUCGACGUGUCGUUCGCGAUAUCCUGGAGAUUCCGGAUAACGAGGAACGCGAAAUUACGAGAGAUUAUGCUUGUUGCGGGAGCAGCGAAUCGCGAUCGCAAUCGCGCUCUCUGAAUUCGGACCCCUCCGUGUCCUAAGAUAAGCUGCCCUAGAAGGAGACGAGGGUUUCCUCCUUGUACGAUAUGGCCGUCGUCGAGGAGUUCGAUUAUCUGUGUCGUUUGUGCGCGACCAAGACCGGCAUCCUGAUGGGACUGCCGAUUUUCGAGGCCGGCGAACAGAUGCGCAACAUCGACAAGAAGAUCGCAGCCUGUCUGCCGGUUCAGGUAUCCUUGACAGAUCAGUUGCCCAAAGUGGUUUGUGAAGAAUGUGCGUUUAAAUUAGAUCAGCUCUUUGAUUUUCGUGAAAAAUGUUUACAUACAGAAGGAAUGUUUAUGAAAAUGUUGAAAGAAAUUGGUAAAGGGGUGGUAAUGCAUAUAUCGGAGCACGAUUUGGCAAAUGUGAAUAAUAUAGGCACAGUUCGAAGAAAUUUGAAUGACAUACAGAUUAAUAAUGAAGAUGUACAAAGCCAUUCGGCUAUACCUCAUGAGACUGCGGAAUCCACCAUGCAUACAAUGCAAGUAAUGGAUGAAAUGGAUCUAGCUGGUGGUGAACAAGUGGUUACUCAAGAAGAGAUAGGUCAACAAGAUGCAGACAUUCAAGUAACAGGCAUUGAUUGUUUAGAUGGCGAUACUGUGAGAAUGGUCGAUGAACACAUAAGAGAAGUAUCAAAUCACCAGAUUGCAAUGCAUUUGGAGGGUGAUAUGACUGUAGUGGAAAAUUUGGAUGGUCAUUUGAGUCAGUUGGGAAUUAAUUAUGUUACUUCUAUCAGUUCCGAAGAUCAAAGCCAAGAACAGAUAGUGCAUUAUUGUGAAAAGUAUGAGACGAGAUCAAUUAAAGAAGAAUAUCAUAGAUUACAAGAUAGAUUAACUACAGUAGAGUCGCAACAUGUACUUGAAAAUAAUGUAUCAGAUAAUUUUGAUUCUUCUGAGGCUGAUGCAAAAAUUGAAAUGGAAGAAUCUUGUAUAAAUGAAAAUGGAAUUCGUGAACACGUCGAUUCAGUGAACGCUUUACCAUCUACAAGUCAGAUAAAUGACAUGUCUUGCGAAAUAAUUAAAUAUACGAAAGAAACCAAGCACGCGUUGCUAGAAUCUACGCUCAACAAUCCUACCAUGGACGAAACUGGUUCUCAUUGGUACAUGUGCCCAUUCUGCAACGAGGCAACUAUGGAAACGACCAGCUUGGCUGCACACUUUGAACAACAUUUCUGUCGCUGUUACUGCGACUUGUACUUUACCAGUGUCGAGGGAUUAAAUUUACAUAAAGAGCAGUGCAUUGUAUAUAAAGAUCAACUAGUCGAUAAGGAAAAGGACACGCAAUUGAACGUUGCAACAGCGACACCAUCGCGAGAGAAAAGUGGUAAUCAAGAGGAGCAAAAGAAACAGUCGCCAACUGUGAAACGGAAAUGGACCGCGAAAACAUGCGACGAAUGCGGCAAGCAGUAUAGAACGAAUUACAAACUGCAGGAGCACAUGCGCAAGCAUACGGGGGAGAAACCGUUUCAAUGCACGACAUGCGGUAAAGCAUUUCGUAGCAAGAUUGGCCUGGCGCAGCACGCUGCCACGCAUACGGGUCAAUUCGAUUACAAUUGCUCCACCUGCGGCAAAGGGUUCCAGUGCAAAAGCUAUCUCAUCGUGCAUCAAAGAGUGCACUCGGACGUAAAACCAUAUCCGUGCAUGACGUGCGGCCAGAACUUCAAGACGAAGCAGUCGUUACUCGACCACGAAAACCGUCAUCUCGGCGUGAAGCCGUACAUGUGCGAGAUCUGUGGCCGCGGUUUCAUCACCAAGGGCCUCUGUAAGAGCCAUCAGAAGAUACAUUCGGGCACGGACAAUCGUCAGUAUCCGUGCGCGGUGUGCAACAAGAUGUUCGUCAGCAAGAGUUAUCUCAACACGCAUCUGCGGAUCCACACGGGCGAGAAGCCGUAUCUAUGCGAGGUCUGCGGUAAGGGAUUCCUCACGCGAGUCGACCUCAAGAUUCAUUCGACCAUGCACACCGGCGAGAAGAGCUUCAAAUGCGAGAUAUGCGGUAAAGUAUUCGCCCGACGUGCGGCCCUACGCUGUCAUCGGCGAUCCCACACGGGCGAGCGUCCUUACAGAUGCGACGUGUGCAAUAAAACCUUCACGCAGUUCAGCCCGAUGGCGAUUCACAAGCGUUUGCACACCGGCGAACGGCCGUACAAGUGCGACGCCUGCGGCAGAGGCUUCGUGUCCAGGUCAACAAUGAUGUGUCACCGGAAGAAGAAUCACGUUACGACUCCCGUGCAAAAGGACGAGCCUGCGAACGAGGAGGGAGAGAUCAAGAUCAUCCUCUCGUCCGAUAUCGUGGACAGAGAUUCGCACGACGGAAUUCAAAUCAGCGUAGAUUGAAGAAGUUGCAAAAAGAUAAUGUACGAAUUUCGCGGUAAGGUGCAAACUUCCGAGGUGCUAAGGAAAUUUCAUCCGCAUUUGUUACAUAACAAACUGCUUUCGUCUCACCAUAGUGUAUUCUCUCUACCAAUCUAUUGUAUAUUCGAAAACUUUAUACAAAACUAUUUUUACAAGGAGUUCUUGUGGUAUAUAAAAAUGCAAUUAAAAUACUUGAAUUAUGACGCGAUAAUUGAUAUGAUUUUAUAUAUGUUCUUUAAACAACAGUAUCAUCCUUUAGUUCUCUCUUUUUGAAGAAACAUAUUGUAAUUUCAGGUAAUGUGAAUAUAAAUCUUUUAUAUCGA